AUGGUGUGGGCAAAGAGUCAUCACCUUGAUAGUGACGCAAGAGGCUCCUUGGUCACAUGGCCACCAGGGUCAGUCAAAGCAGCAGAUUGGCUGCUGACCGACCUGGGGGCGGUCCAAGUGCCUCCAGUGGUCGGUGGUCGCAGCCUCAGACAGUGCCCGUUUUCUGAAAAAGGAAAGCUCUUUCUUUCCUACUCCCCACCUCCAGCAAGAAGAAUGGUGUUAAGGAGCACCAGUGGGGGGUUUCUGAGCUUGGAUCCAACCACCCCCGCCUGGGAGACGGAACUCACACCAAUGAAUCGAAGUGACCAGGACCUUCCUCAAACUUUCAGUGUGGCGACCCUGACCCUGGUCUUGCUGAUGAUCAUCACUGCCUUGGAAGCACAGGCAGGAAACGCAGUUGUGCUGUGGCUCCUGGGCUUCCACCUGCACAGGAAUGCCUUCUCCAUCUACAUCCUCAACCUGGGGGGAGCCAACUUCGUCUUCCUCUGCUGCCACGUUAUAGGUUCCCUGGAGAAGCUCAUCACCUCCUGCCACUCCAGCUCCAGCCCCAUCCCCAGUUUUUUCACCACUGUGCUGACCUUUGCCUACCUCACAGGCCUGAGCUUUCUCAGCGACAUUAGCACCGAGCACUGCCUGUCUGACCUGUGUCCCAUCUGGUACCGCUGCCACCGCCCCAAACGCUUAUCGGCUAUCAUGUGUGCCCUGCUCUGGGCCCUGGCCCUGCUGCUGAGCACCCUGGAAGGGAAGUACUGUGGCUUCCUGUUAAUGGACUUUAAUCGCAUUUAGUGUCGGGUGUUUGAUUUCAUCACCGCUGGGUGGCUGACGUUCUUAUCUGUGUUCCCCGCUGGGUGCAGCCUUGCCGUGCCGGUCAGGAUCCUCUGUAGGUCCCCAGUGCAGCUGACCAGGCUGUGUGUGACCUCUGCGCUGACAGUUCGGGUCUUCCUCCUCUGUGGCCUGCCCUUCGGCAUCCACUGGUUCUUCUUAAUCUGGAUUCAGGAUGAUUUGUUUGUGUUCCCCUGUCAUCACUGGCUGGUGGCCUUGGGCCUGUCCAGCUGCACCAGCGUCAUCAUUUACUACUUCGUUGGCUCCUUUAGGCAGAGGCAGCCAAAGAGGCAAGGACGGCAGAUCAAGGUGGUUCUCCAGAAGGCUCUGGAGGACCUAUCAGAAGUGGAUGGAAGCAAAGGCACCCUUCCUCAGGAAACCCUGAAGGCGUCAGGAAGCAGCCUGGUGUCCCGAUUCAGAGUCUCUGCCUCAGGGGUUCAAACUGGUUACAAUUCCUUCUUUUGUUUCCUUCAUCGCAUUGUGUUUAUCCUGCUCUGUGUUAAUGGCUGUGCCAAUCUCAUCAUUCACUUCUUCACUGGCUUCUUUAGGCAGCGGCAGAGAUGGCAAAUCCUCAAAUUGGUUCCCCAAAGGGCUCUGCUGGAUAUUUCUGAGGUGGAUGGACACGGAGGAAGCCUUCCCCAGGAAACCCUGGAGCGGCCAGAUUAUAGGUUCCCCGGAGACACACAUCACUUCCUGCCACAACCCUACCCCAUCGUUCUCAACCUUGCGCCUAUCUUUGCCUACCUCUCAGGCUUGAGCGUUCUCAGUGCCAUUAGCACCAAGUGCCACUUGUCUACCCUGUACCCCAACUGCUCCAGCCUAGCCCUGCUGGCCAGGACCCUCUGUGAGUCCCAGCGGAUGCAGCUGACCAGGCUCUACGUGGUCAUCCUGCUCAGCGUGCUGGUCUUCCUCCUCUGCAGCCUCCUCUCAGGCAUCCAGAAGUUUCUGCUAGACUGGCUUCGGAAGGAUUUCAACGUGUCCUUCUAUUAUUUUAAUAUAGGGAUGAUCCUGCCUAGCAGUGCCAACCCCACCAUUGGCUUUUUCGUUGGCUCCUUCAGGCCUCAGAGGCAGUGGCGGCUGCCCCUCAAGUUGGUUCUCCAAGGGCUCUGGAGGACACAACUGAGGUGA